AUGGAGUCUUUCACCCACAUAUCCCAGGGCCUGUCUCACACCUCCAUCCUCCUCAUAGUGGUGGGCAUCAUAGUCUCCCUGCUGGCCUUCCUGGGUAGCAUUGGGGCGUGGUCUGACAGCCGUCUGCUCCUUGGAUUGUUCACACACUUCCUAAUGCUGAUCCUCAGCCUGCAGAUAGUGUCUGGGAUUCUUUUCUAUGUCUUCAGAAACCAGGUGGAGAGAAGGAUCACCCUGAAAGUUAACGAGGCGAUCAUGCAGCACAGCCCCAGAGAUAAGGUUGCCAUCGAUGACCUACAACAUGCAUUUCGUUGUUGUGGUGCAGAGAACUACACUGACUGGCUCCUGCAGGGCUCUCAUGAGAAUAUUAGUUUUGUGUCACACUCCUGUUGCCAUGCGGAUUCUGUGGCCUGUGUGAAUGUCGUCACCACAGACAUGUUAACCAGCACAGGGAAGUGCGAGGGGGUUACAAAGGCCUUAGAUGAGGUUAACAGAAAGGUGAUCAUGAUUCCCUACAUGGAAAUUUCUGUGACAAUGAUGAGAGGUUUUAAGGGCCCUAAAGAGUAA